UGAAGAGAAAAUGAAAGAACAAAAAAAAAUCUUUUCCGUACUCAAAUCCUUAUUACCACCUUCUCCAUUCACCGAAACCCUAAUUUAUGUCAAAAAUGAUUAAUUUAUAGGGUUUCCCAUCUGUUUACACAGAUAGGUUUGAAUUGGAGAAGGUGCAUGCAUAACUUUUAGGAUUUUCAUAAUUUUGAAUAUUUUUCAAGGGGGUUGUUUCCUUUGAUCGUUUUAUAAAUAUGGCUGUUAAUGAAAGAGGUGAGAGGGAUUUAGAACAAGGAUUUAGCCCGUUAAGAACCCGGACAUCAAUGAAUCCGAGAAUGAGUCCUAAUCAUUUUUCCGAGUAUUCUCCAACGCCGUCCCCAACAGCUUCAGCUGCCCCGGCUCUGGUUUUAUCGUAUUCAGGUAAGAGAAUGGAUCAAUCGGCGAAGAAGAAAUACGUAAAACAGGUGACGGGACGCCAUAACGAUACAGAAUUACAUUUAGCUGCACAGAGAGGAGAUUUAAUGGCAGUUCAACAAAUUUUACAUGAUAUUAAUGCUCAAAUGGUUGGUACGCUAAGUGGGGCUGAUUUUGAUGCUGAGGUUGCAGAAAUUAGGUUAGCCAUUGUGAACGAGCUGAAUGAAUUGGGGGAGACGCCAUUGUUUACUGCCGCGGAAAAGGGGCAUCUUGAUGUUGUUAAGGAAUUGUUGCAGUAUUCUACUAAGGAAAGUAUAGCCACGAAGAACAAGUCUGGUUUUGAUGCAUUACAUAUAGCUGCUAGUCAAGGUCAUCAAGCCAUUGUGCAGGUACUAUUAGAUUUUGAUCCAGGAUUAAGCAAAACAGUGGGACCAUCAAAUGCAACACCUCUUAUAUCUGCAGCAACAAGGGGUCAUACAGUUGUAGUUAACGAAUUGUUAUCUAAAGAUUCUAGCUUGGUGGAGAGCUCAAGAUCAAAUGGGAAAAAUGCCUUACAUCUAGCUGCACGACAAGGGCAUACUGAGAUUGCAAAAAUAUUGCUCGAUAGGGAUCCUCAGUUGGCUCGAAGGACUGAUAAAAAAGGGCAGACCUCAUUACAUAUGGCUGUAAAAGGAGUUAGCUGUGAAGUGGUGAGGUUGCUUUUGAAUGCUGAUGCUGCAAUUGUGAUGCUUCCAGACAAGUUCGGCAACACAGCUUUACACGUAGCGACAAGGAAAAAGCGGGCGGAGAUUGUGCACGAGCUAUUACGUCUCCCAGACACCAAUGUGAAUGCACUUACCAGAGAUCACAAGACAGCCCUUGACAUUGUCGAACAACUCCCUUUGUCUGAAGAAUCAUCAGAGAUAAAGGAAUGCUUGUCUCGUUACGGUGCAGUCAAGGCAAAUGACCUUAACCAGCCAAGGGACGAGCUGAGGAAAACAGUAACACAGAUCAAGAAGGAUGUCCAUAUUCAACUCGAGCAAACUAGGAAAACUAACAAAAACGUGCAUGGAAUCGCCAAGGAGCUGAGGAAAUUGCAUAGGGAAGGAAUCAAUAAUGCCACCAAUUCUGUAACAGUGGUGGCAGUGCUUUUUGCGACAGUGGCUUUUGCGGCAAUCUUCACAGUACCUGGUGGGGACGAUGACACUGGGAUGGCAGUAGCAGUGGCCAAGCCUUCAUUCAAGAUCUUUUUCAUAUUUAAUGCUGUUGCACUCUUUACAUCCUUAGCUGUUGUGGUGGUUCAGAUCACAUUGGUUAGAGGAGAGACAAAAUCAGAGAGACGGGUUGUAGAAGUGAUUAACAAAAUGAUGUGGUUAGCUUCUGUGUGUACUACAGUGGCAUUUAUUGCAUCUGCCUAUAUAGUAACAGGGCGCCGCUAUCAGUGGGCAGCAAUCCUAAUUACAGUCGUCGGAGGAGUUAUCAUGGCAAGCGUUCUUGGGACCAUGACAUAUUGUGUGGUGAAGUCCAAGCGAAAUCGAACAAUUCGGAAGAAAGAAAAAUACUCAAGGAGGAGUAUGUCCAAUCUCUCAUGGAAUCAAUCAGAAAUUUCUGAUUCGGAUAUCAAUCCAAUUUAUGCCAUUUAAUCUGAAGCCGACCCCUCACUCGCGGCUUACCUUGUGUUGAAGGAUUUGUUCCACUGUAUAUAAAAUGGGGGUACCGUAAAACUACAGCCAAUGAUGGUAGUUUCAUAAGAGGGACAAAUCCAUCUCUUGAGCAUUUUCAGUAAAUAUACGACGGCUACUAUGGUUCUAAGUUUGUCAGAAGGAACAUAUAUUUGUAAAUAGAACAAGAUUUUGAUCGUGGAAAGGAAGCAGCCCAUGAGCUUGCAGAAGACUAACUUUGGAAUUUUGACUUCAAAGCAUGUCAAAUUGACACGGAAUACUAGGCGGCCAUGAAUUUGAAUUUCUUGACUCUUUGUAGUAGGUUAAAAUCAUAUAUAGUCUAUGUGUUGUAUGCUGCUAUAAAGUUGACACAUACUAUCUCUUUACUUCC